AUGUCCCUGGCGGAGCGGCGGCGGCGGGAGGAAGAGGCGGGGGAAGGGGAAGAAGGGGAUGGGGCCGGCACAGGAGAGGAGGUGGUACAGAUCCGGCUCGGGGACAAGUGCUACCCGGUGUGCAAGAGGAAGCUGAUCGAGCAGAGCGACUAUUUUCGAGCCCUCUACCGCUCGGGCAUGAGGGAAGCAGGGCAGGGCCAGGAAGAGCAGCUGCUGCGGGGGGGCCUGAGUGCUCUGGGGCUGGAGCUGGUGCUGGACUUCAUCAACACCUCCUGCCUGGCCAAGCUGGAGCAGGAGGAGGGGGGCGAUGAGGACCCCCCGUUGCUGGAGGAGCUGGUGGAAGCCGCUUCCUACCUGCAGGUCACGCCGCUGCUCCGCCUGCUGCUCUCCCAGGUGAGGCUGGGCAACUGCUUCGAGCUGCACCGCCUGGCUCAGGUCUACGGGCUGCAGGACUUGCACGACGCCUGCCUGGAGUUCAUGGCUACCCAUUACCACCAGGUGCUGCGGAGGCCCGAUGCUCGGCCGCAUCUACUCCUGCCCCAGGCUCUCCAGCAGCACUUGAAGGAGAUGCGGAUGAGGGGCACCGCCACUCUUGUGGCCAUCGGGGACUUCAUGAGUGCCUCCUCCCUGGGCCUGCCUCGGGGCUGUCACCCUCAGAUGGAAGCCCCCUGGUCUAUGCUAAGGUAUGAUGAGGAAGCUGAGCGGUGGCUGCCCCUGGCCAACAACCUGCCUCCUGAUCUGGUCAAUGUCCGAGGCUACGGGUCGGCGAUACUGGACAACUACCUCUUCAUCGUUGGAGGUUACAGGAUCACCAGCCAGGAGAUUUCAGCUGCCCACUGUUACAAUCCUUGCGUAAACGAAUGGAGUCAGCUGGCUUCAAUGAACCAGAAGAGGUCCAAUUUCAAGCUCCUGGCUGUCAAUGGAAAGCUCUAUGCCAUCGGUGGCCAGUCCCUCUCCAACGUGGAGUGCUAUAACCCAGAAAACGACUGGUGGAAUUUUGUAGCAUCCCUGCCAAACCCUCUUGCGGAGUUCUCAGCCUGUGAAUGCAAGGGCAAGAUCUACGUGAUCGGAGGAUACACCACACGAGAUAGGAAUAUGAACAUUUUGCAGUACUGUCCCACCUCUGAUUCCUGGACCACCUUUGAACUUUGCGACGUGCACGUUCGCAAGCAGCAGAUGCUGUCUGUUGAGGAAACCAUUUAUCUGGUGGGGGGCUGCAUCCAUGAGCUUGGACCAAACCAGAAGUCCAGCCAGAGCGAGGACGCCUUAACUGUGCAGUCUUACAACACUGCCACCAAAGAAUGGCUCUACCUCAAAGAGAACACCUCCAAAUCAGGCCUGAACUUGACUUGCACUCUGCACAACGAUGGGGUCUAUAUCCUCAGCAGGGAUAUCACUCCGUCCACCAGCCUGGAGCACCGUGUUUUCCUCAAGUACAAUAUCUUUACGGACAGCUGGGAGUCGCUGAGGCGCUUCCCAGCCUUUGGACAGAACAUGCUGAUCUGCUCUAUGUACUUGCCUGAUGUGCCCCAUGUGUAACGCC